CUGCCACCAGGGACUGUAGGCAUGUGGGACUACAAAACCUCCCCUGGUAGUCGGAUCGACAUCGUGUCCGCGCCCAUCCUUGUCCAGAGCUCCCAUGGACUGCCAAUUCUCUUUCGGCCCGAGAGGUGCCUUCUUCUGCAAGUCAGACUCUCUCUGGGCAUGGAGCGACAACAACACCCUCCCCGAACCUCUGCGCCUCAUAUUUGAGGAUCCGAACCAUCCCCAGGCCAAUCAGUUCCCCUACGAUGUGGCAUUUCCUAUGGAACCAGGCAUGUUCAGCAUGGCUUGGAAAACCAAGCGGGGAGACGACUACUACGAGGAACUCUUCCUUGGUCCCCGAUAUGAGAAACUCGCAACCUUCAUGAAGACGAUUGCCCAGGACGGGCAGCACAUCACUCGCACAGUCUUCGGUCCCAAUCACAGCUACUUUACCAUCUCUCCGGGCGGCUUUAGCUGGCAACAUCUCCCUGAAGAGCUCGAAUCCAACAUAACAGGUCGCGCAAAGAAAGCUCAUCCUACAAAUGUGGCGCUCGGUGCAUACGGAUCGUUCGUGGUGUUAUUCAGCGACGGAAUCGUUAUCUUCGACGUGGCUGACCACUACCCCGAUGUAGAGCGGAUGAUAAGAGAUAGUGCCGAGACUAGUAAGCGGAAAGGGAUUGCUUUCGUGGCGCUAAAUCCUCAUGCGGCUGGACAGUACUAUGUCGCGUACGGAGACGGCUCCGCAUCGUGGAACAUACCGAAUGACUGGGUUGGCGAUGUGACCACAGUCAGUAAAACACUUCGUCCCGUGAACUCCUCCUCUGCGCCCCUUGGUUUCGCAGCAGCGGCCGGUGGGACUGCAGCGGGAUUCGCCGCGAAUCAGGGCGGUCUUGCGUCUCCCACCUCUCCCGGGUCAGGCGGAUCGAUGGCUACUUCGGCGAUCCAUGGACUGGGCCAGCUGUACCACACAUGCAGCCAGCAGCAGCAACAGAACAUUCUCGGCGGCCAACCCCAGCAGAACUUUUUCCCGACUGGAAAUACUGGAGGAUUCGACCCGAACUCUCUCAACACCGGUGGCGUGGGCUUCAAUCCAAGUUCGUUGAACACUGGCGGCAUUGGUUUUGACCCGAGCUCGCUGGGUGUGGAUCCAGGCACCAUCGCAUCAGGGCUGGUGUCGGGCUUGGAUCCUAAUACGGUCGCCAGCACCCUCGCUGGCGUCGCUGGCGCAUUUUUUAGUUGAUACAUGCAUAGCAUCACAUCCGCUUGUAAUUGCACUCAGAUAUCUCGCACUAUUUGCUCCGGUCGGUGAUGCGCUUGUGUAAUCGGAUCAGGCAGCGAAGCCACACACGAACACAUCUGCCGGACGCGGUUAUGAGCUCUGCAGCAAAUGUUGCGCUCGGCUUGUCGUCUGCGUCCGAAUAAAGGCAAUCCUUCUCCUGGUGGAAAUUACCGUAUACCUGGUGCGCGUGCCAACUCGGCGGUCGCCGCGCUCGGCCUGCGCUCCAACCGACCACCCGACUCGUUGCCGGACCCGAAUCAGCCGCCCCCGAUAUCUGACCAGGAAUGGGACCUGAGAACAGGACGCGCGAUAUUCGUUCUUCAAGAAACACUCCCACAUUUCUUCACGACGGGACUGGUGACGUCGAUCGACCACGCGACGGGGAGCCCCAUUCCGGCCCGCAUCGUGCAAGUACGGCUCCCUGGGACGUCCGCCGCGGGAGAGCGCGACAAGGAGGAUCCCAGCUCAAACAUAUACAGCUCCAACAUCCGCCUGUCGUACACGCCGCCAGUCGAACUCCCUGCGCCGUUGCCCAAAACGCUCAACAUCGAAGGCAUAUAUCCAGUCACUCUUGCUUUGAGACGCUGUUCUCUAAUGGGCCCACAGGCAUGCCGAUGUACCUCGCGUCAGCGGUGUUCGUGCGCCACACGAUGCACGCGCUGUACUCUGAUCUCAGGGUCGUGCUGAACAAGGUGAGCGUCGUCGCCCCGCCACCGUCGACCACACGCCACUCUCGUGAGAAGACGCUAUCCAUCGGGCUCUCCGCUACGGGGGUUGCGCGCGUCAGUGGAGCCGCUGGAGAAUGGGAAGUAAACUCAACCUACACAUUCUCCCCCCUCACUGGCCUGAUCCACAUCCACACAAUCAACUCGAUCCAUCCUGCGCCGCAUCAAGCUGUGUACGAUUCGCUACGCACCAGUUUGGGCACCAUGUUUGGUGCGCCGCAACCCUCGCAGACAGGUAAACCGACCACCUGCGCCAGGAAAGCAAGUGGCCUAUAGGACAUCAGAUACUCAUAAGGAACGCACUGUACAUUACAUGCUGUAUUACUUGCUCAACACACCCACACUCCACACCUCGCUCACGCAGAAAAUUUAUAGGAUAUACUACAGUAAGAUGGUAUGACAUAGAAGAUGGGUAAAAUGGUAAUGUACUCGGACUGAAAGCGAAGGGAAAACGUCUUUGCGGGAUCGUAGCAUAAAUACAGACCACAAAACAGCACACGAUAUCGCACCGCACAUGGCACGGCCAGGGCAGAUCACUCGUCCUCCUCUUCGCCUUCAUCCUCCUCCUGAAUCGCAGCCGGGCCAUUCCGUCCACCGUGGUUCGGAAUCUGCCGCCGUGACGUUGACUCGUAAUGCGGCUCUGACGGCAGCGGCGCCGUAUUGACCAUGGGCGAGUGGCCCUUGCCAGUCUGGCGCGACCCAGUGUUAUUGGCCGCUCCAGUGGUCGUUGUACUGCCCCCAGUGCGCUUGCCGGAGGCGCGGUGACUUCGGGGUGCGGGGGACAGCGAAACUGUUUCCAUCGCCGGGUACGACGAAGAACCCGAUUUAGACGAAACCUGGCCGAGACCUCCAGCAAACAUGGGAAUAUCAUCGUCGUCCUCAUCCACCCAGUCACUCUCAUCUCCAGCCGACAUGCCCAGCGUCGGACCACCAAGCCCCAGACCAUGCCUGGUCGAGUUGGAGAACACAUCCCGGAUGGUCGUGCCAUCUGAGAUGGGCGACAUGGCCAGCACCUCAACGGGCACCGAGCCAGUGCGCGACUGCCACCCGGGCGGCUCGAGACCCCACGACUUCUU